AUGGCUUCUUCCCUAGUUGAGCUCAGGAUAACAUUUCCUCAGGGCAUCCUUUUAAGUAAGCGCACCCUGCCGUUCCGACAUCCUGACUUCUCUGAUGACCAGAUCCGUCAACUGACUGACAUUGCUAGGUCCUACAAGUCUACCAGCUCAGUGGCGUCCAAACGCUCUAGCUCCCGUCCUCACUCGGGAUGUUCCUCUCCCAUUCUCUCCCCCACCAUCCAGAGGCUACGAGCGGAAGGGUUCCCGCCUCUGGCCCGCUGUGGUUCUGAUCCAUUGCUGCAUGCUGCACCACCACAACACGCUAUGAACACUGGUUCCCUGCCUGCUGAUAUCAUGCCCUCCACCUCACCCGUACACAGGGUACACUACAAGCAUCGCAGCAGCAGGGAACACAAAACUCGUGACACUGCUUCCAAAGAUGGUAGUGUAGGAGGCGUGGGUGGCGGUGAGGGCGGCACUGGAGGUUUGGGCGAGGGCGGGGGCGGCCAGACCAGUGAGAGGGAGCUUGUAGCCUUGUUGAUGACUCGUCUGGUGGCCAUGGAGACUCAGCUCUCCCACGCUCGUCAGGCGCUCAAGCAAAGAGACUUUCACAUUGCUGUCCUUGAGGAAAAACUCAGGUUAUACAUGAAGGCUGAGGAGGAGGCGGUGGGCAGUAAGUUGAGCUUCUUGGAGACGCUGAAGGAUACCAGGAUGGCCUCUGUGGAGGAGAAGUGUAGGAAGCUUGAGAGGCAGGUCAUGGAGAUGGAGAUAAAUUGA